UUACUCGCAUUAUAGAAGCUGAAACUACUGAAUGUUUUUGUUGUUUUUGCCUGAAAAAUUACUUAAACAAUCGUCUAUUUUCAGGUUUAAGUUGAUUAGAGUUCAUUUUUUUAUGGUUAAUUUCACACAAACAACAACAAAAAACAUAUUUACUGUCACAAAAAUAAAAAAAAUAAAAAUUGUCCAAUUGGUGUGAGUUCAAACUGUGCCAAGAACCAUUUACGUAACAAAACUGCCACGUGUGUUUGUCCAUUUACCUCCAUUUAUUAUGAAUGAUAAGUUUUCAGUUUGACAGCGUCUCUGCUGGCGUUUCUGCUUCGUCAGGGUGGAGAGAGAGAGAGAAAGAGAGAGAGAGAGGGUACACCAUGCAUACCUCCAUUUGUAUUCUGUCUCGGUGUCUCUCACUCUCUCUCUCGCUCUCUCUCUCUGGCUGUGUGUGCAGUGAAUUGAAGUGGGAAAGAGCGAAACAUUAACGGCAGGAGGAGGGGGGAUAAAUAGAGAGAGCACGCUAGAGACAGAGAGAGGCGGUAAAGGAGGGCGUCUUGACAGAGACGAGAGUAUUUAUAGGUGGAGAGAUGAGGAGAUAGAACGAUAGUGAAGGGAGGAACAGAGAGAGAGAGAGAGAGAGACGAGAGAGGGAGGAAAAUCCAGACACAAUAAGACGAAAAGGAAGACAAAGAGGAGGAGAGGGCAAGCGAGAGACCAUGCUGAGGAGGAAGAGGAGCGUGUCGUUCGGAGGAUUUGGAUGGAUUGAUAAGUCUACCGUCAUCGCUCUCAGAGCUCGCAAACAGGAGCUCCUGACCAUCUCAAAUGUUUCCGCCGCAGACUGCCCUCCCUCUCCUCCCCGCACCGCACCCCCCACCAUGAAGUCGGCUCAUUUCUUUGACGCGAUGGACAAGAUGGAGCAGGUGCCAGAAGCUGCCGAGAUGAAGACAAUCCCUCAGAGACAGAAGGAUGACUACAUUCCUUAUCCAAGGAUUGAGGAGGUGUUGGAGAGGGGGGGUCCGUACCCUCAGGUAAUCCUACCUGAGUUUGGUGGUUACUGGAUCGAGGAUCCUGAAGCUCCUCCUCCUGCGCCUCCUCCCACCUCCCUGGAGAUCAAGUUGGAGGAAGAGGAGCAGGAGGGAGCAUUAGGAGGAAGGGAGGAGGAAGAUAGACCCCCAGGGGAUUAUGGAUAUCAGCUGGAGGAGAUCAGCGAGGCUAUACGGGCGUAUAGGAAGUACUUCUUGGGCAGGGAGCAUUUAAACUUCUCUUGCUCGGCCAGCAGUCAAGGAAACCUGCUGUUGUCUGUGAGGCAUGAAGAAGAGAAGGAGCAGGAGUCCCUCCAUGUUAUCAUCAGGUCUCGUUUGAAAAGUGUCUACCACAGAUUGUCACUGACGGAGCUGCAGGACAUCCCCAGUGUACCAGAGCUUGCUAAGCUGUUGUGUGAUGAAGCAGCAAGUCUGCGCUUCAGUCCUGUCCUCUACCCCAAGGCGUCUCAACUGAUCGUAAACUACGACGAGCAUGAGAUCAACAACACCUUCAAGUUUGGAGUCAUUUACCAGAGAUUUGGACAGGUGUCUGAGGAGGAGCUGUUCAGGAACAACGAGGAGACGCCAGCCUUCACCGAGUUCUUGCAGCUGCUGGGAGACACCGUGGAUCUACAGGACUUCAAGGGGUUUCGAGGGGGUUUGGAUGUCUCUCAUGGUCAGACGGGUUCUCAGUCGGUAUACACCGUCCACAGACAGCAGGAGAUCAUGUUCCACGUUUCCACCAAACUGCCCUUCACUGAAGGGGACACGCAGCAGCUCCAGAGGAAACGUCACAUAGGAAAUGACAUUGUGGCAGUGGUGUUCCAGGAGGAGGCCACACCUUUUGUCCCAGACAUGAUCGCCUCCAACUUCCUGCACGCCUUCAUCCUGGUGCAGGUGGAGGAGCCCUGCUCGGACAACACCUCCUACAAGGUGUCCGUUACAGCGCGAGAAGAUGUACCUCCGUUUGGCCCGCCCCUCCCAAAUCCAGCUGUUUUUAGGAAGGGUCCAGAGUUCAGAGAGUUUCUUCUUACUAAACUCAUUAAUGCAGAGCUCGCCUGCUACAAGAGCGACCGCUUCGCCCGCCUGGAGGAGCGUACUCGGGCUGCCCUGCUCGACAGCCUCCAUGAUGAGCUGCAGAGACGCUCGCAGAGCAUGCUGGGAUUGACAUCAGGUCUAGAGGAGGAGGGGCGGGCAGAGAACGGACACGCCCACGGAGGUCUGCUGGAGUCCAUCAAGAGGGCGAUGCGAGGGCGUAGCGUCUCCAUGGAGACCAUGUCACGUGGUGGGGCAGGUCUACCCACCAGUCUGAGCGGCGGGGGUCUGGCACACAUCAGCGUGGAGUGUAAUGUCAAAUCUCCUGUGAAGAGGCGUUCAGGACUUUUUCCUCGUCUGCUGAGCGUCGAUAGCCAGACAGAGAGACACAGCCAAAGAAGUCUUCUCAAUGAGCAGAGGAGCUUCGACGGCUGCCACCCGACGCUGGAGGUAAAGUCAGAGCUGCCGUCCAAUCCCAGCUCUCCAGAAGCAGGACACCGGGACAGGAGUCAGACAAAGAAGGAGAGCGGGAAGAUUUCCAGAUCGACAUCAAGCACCUGCAGCUUCACCAUCCCGACUGACGACACACACCUGCUCGCCCAGGCCGUGACGAUUGAAGGUCAAAGUUCAAGUCCGCUCAUCGUCUGUCGCAGUCCCACAGAGAUGAAGAAUAAAAACUCGCCAAGAUCCAACCUUAAGUUUCGUUUUGAGAAACUGAGUCACUCUGCUGCACAGGGCCAUUAAACUGUGAGGACAGCAGUGGGUGAAUGUCAACAAGGAGGUUUAAACAAACAUCAGCCUCCACACAGAGCAGGAGGAGGAGGACAUUAAUGUGAAGACACUGAAAAUAAAAAAAGGGAUAAACACGUCAACAUUCGUCCUUCACUGCUGCAGAAUCCUCAGAGGGGAAAUCAGACCUGAAGGACUGUGUGCAUGUCAACUCGCAAACACACACACACACACACACACACACACACACACACACACAUACACACUGAGGCUGAAGCUUUUAUAUUGAGGCAGAUUAUUCCUUUUAAAGGUUCACUCCGUCAGUUUUACAUGUGACAGUUUGAGGUCAUGUUUAGUCUCAACUUGUGAAAACAGAAAAUAACUCAACUCUUCUACUUCAGUGUCACUUUAGAGUCACGCAGGCAAACUGGUGUUUUCACGCACUGAGGUCAUUUCCUCAGCACCAGUUUGGUAUCUUGGUGACUGAUGAGGUCUGGUAGAGGUUUUAGCAGAAGAUUGGAUAGAAGGUUUGGUAGAGGGUCUGCCAGAUGGUUUGGUGGAAGGUUUGGUGUGUCUGGGAGAAGGUUUGGUAGAAGGUUUGGUAGAGGGUCUGGUAGAAGAUUGAUGAAAGGUUUGGUAGAAGGUUUGGUGGAAGGUUUGGUAAAAGAUUGGUGGAAGGUUUGGAGUGUCUGGGAGAAGGUUUGGUAGAAGGUUUGGUGGAGGGUCUGGUAGAAAAUUGGUGGAAGGUUUGGAGUGUCUGGGAGAAGGUUUGGUAGAAGAUUGGUGGAAGGUUUGGAGUGUCUGGGAGAAGGUUUGGUGAAGGGUCUGGUAGAAGAUUGGUGGAAGGUUUGGAAGGUUUAGUGGACGUUUUUUUAGAAGGUUUGGUGGAAAGUUUGGAGUGUCUGGGAGAAGGUUUGGUGGAGGGUCUGGUAGAAGAUUGGUGGAAGGUUUGGAGUGUCUGGGAGAAGGUUUGGUAAAGGUAGAAGGUAGAGGGUAGAGGGUGUGGUGGAAGGUGAGGUGUCCUCUACUGGUAGAGGGUUUUGGCAUAGAGUCCUAAAUGUCCAAAAUACAGUCUGGAGUUUGAGACAUGUGGCUUUUUACCAGAGAGGAAGGCUAUAAUGAAAGCCAGUGCAGAUGUGGACCGUCUGUCUCUUGUAAGUCACCAGCCUUAUGGAAGUGCACUAAUUGAAUCUGUGGCGACAGUUUCUGAUGAAAUCAGGCUUUGUUUUUUGGGGUUUUUUGUUUUAGAUUAAACAUUCAGGUGCUGCACAAGUGUUCAUGUAGCCAACACUCUGUAAUGACAGGUUGUUUCAUCCUGUUUCCAUGUUAAACAAGUGGAUCAGCUAUAGGUUUACCACUGCCCCCCUGCCCCUGUCUGUAGACAGUGGGUCUGGACUGAGUCACCUCUUCUUGAAUGUUUUGUUCACCAUGAUCUCCAACAUAUAUUCAAACUGUCUCGCCUUCAUUUGGUCCUUUUUAGUGUGUGAAACUUUAUUCACAACACAACACACUUUAUGUUUUGAUGGGUAUUAAUCGUACAUAUGUUAAUCUCAAUGUGCUCUAUGUCCUUUUCAUUCCUGUUUGAAAUCCUGCACACAGGUGCUCCUAUUCAUUUUUUUAAAUCUUUAAAGAGUAACUUUACAUCAGUGUUUCUCUGGGGUACACUUAUACAUCACUGCACCAAGAUGGUGUUAAGUUGCUCUUUAAAUCAACUGCAGUGAGUUUGAUUGGCUUAUGAAGUCUGUCAUCACUGACCUGCAGAACAUGUGAUGUCAAACAUGUUUGACAGAUGUUGAGCUGUUUACAGAAUAUCUACAGUCGCAUGAUUACUGCCAUUUAGAUGCUCUGUUAUCAGGUCCAAAACCUGAAUCAAAAUAAUCAAACAUCAGAUGUGUGUCCAUCCAAAUGUGUCGCAAAUGUAAUAUGUAUUUAAAGUAAUCCAUUAAAAAUGUGAACGAAUACUUGUUUCCAACCACUACCAUUAUGUGAAUAUUAGGAGUUGGAUAACAAGAUAAGCAGUAGAUGGCACCAAUUCUCCAGUCAGAAAACCAGAAGAAGACACCGAAGCACAUUCAAUCAUUUUUAGUCAAAUUUCACUCAUCUGUUGUAAAACUGUAACUUUAUGUUAAAUAUUGAUCAGUGAGAAAAACUGAAGGUUAAUGUUCACUGAAAACUGGUUGGACAUUGUCUGAUCUGGUCAAAAAAAAUGUAAGCCGGGACUGAUGAUCGAACAUUUAUUUUGUCUCUUGCAUUCAUGGAUCAACUUCUUCCACACCAACUUUGACCACUGUAAGAGUAAAAGUCAAAAUAAUAAUUAGCUUAUAAAAUCAACAAAUGUGUGAACUUAAAAUGAAUUUACACAUCUACAAUGAACAUGCCUUGUGCCACUCUGUAAACUCAUUUAUGUCAUUUAUAUUCAUCAAUUAUUUCUUUUUUUCUGCUUGUAUUACCAUUUUCUUCACUGUCUCACUUUUUUUCAGUCUCCAUCCCUCACACGCUCAUAGCACAGAAUACAAUAAAACGAACAACAAAAUAAAAGCAUAACACAAAUAUAAUAUAUUUACUGUGAAGCUUUUAAAGACAUCAUUGAGGAUUAUUAUUUAUUCACAAUACGACUUGUCAACAGAUACAGUGCUUCUGUUUUUUCUAUUGAAGUACAACAGACAAAUUCAUCUUUGUUUUUGUCGAGCUUGUUCCGCAGAUGUUUCAGCUCUUCUCUUCGACUACUGGUCUACAAACUUGUAGCAUCACUCUCAAACACUAAAAACUAAAAUAAAAUAAACUUUAAUUAGUUGAUCCAUCCGCUCAUUUCUUCAUCAGUGUAUGGCUGUCACGCCAGAAAAAUAAAAAAGGAAUAACAUCAGAAUUUGAAAAGUUUAUUAACAAAAUAUUUUCAUGUUUUUACGACAUAAAAACUUACCACGUCAUAACAAGAAACUUUUCUUGUUCAAACAAUUAUUACUAUUUAUCUUGUUUAUAAUGUGAAAUGUUUCAUGUGAAAGUUUCUAUAUUGUACUAACAUGAAAAUAUCACUUUAUAUCACACUUUUAACGUUAUACUGUGAUACUGAUACAUUCUCAUUUUUCAGGUGUGGCUGCAAUCUGCUUAAUCUGCUUAUCUGUGUCCAGGUCAUGUUAAUUUAAUUAUAUCAUAAAUUUCUUUUAAUUUUUUACUGCUAGGAAGUGCUGAAAAUGUGAUGUAAUAUCUUUCCAAAUGUUUAAAAUGUCUUAAAUUUAACCUGCAGAAACUCAUGCAAUAAUCAUUUUUACUCAGAUCGAAAAAAAAAAAAGAAAAGAAAAAAGAUCUUUGUGGUGAACAUUCCUUCUCAUGUUUCUCUGGAUCUGAUGAAUAUUGUAUAUUUAUGUUUGUUGUGUCUGUCGCAGAUUCAAAUGAUGUCAGCUGUUCCCACACGUUUUCUCAUCUCACCACAAAGACUUGUUGAAUCCACAGUUUGUCGGUUUCAUCACAGCUGUGUGUCAAGUUUUAAUAAGAUAUUUACAUAAAGAUGAAACGUAUUAUUAUUAACAGGUUGGACGCAGAGCUGUGCUGAAAGUGACCGACUGUAAACCUGCAAAAAUGAGAAGCUUCACUGCCGUUUGAUGCAAAAACCAACAGAAAACUGACCUUUAUUUUGCACUAAAAUAACAUGAAUAUUAAAUAUGUACGGAAGCAGAUUACUGACUCUAUACUAACUCAGCUGUCUUGAUUGCACUGAAAGCACAAAAUCUGUUCCUCCUCUUCUCGCUUUGAUUUCAGGUGUAAAUCUCUUUUUCUGUGUGUUAAGAGUAAAUAAUUUAUUUUAAAAGGGGAUGAUGAUGGAGGAGGAAGUAGCAUAAAUACAAAAGAUGUUGUCCAUGUCUGUUUUUAAUGUUCUGCAUCACGAUGGGAAACUUUCUGUUAUCCUGACAUGAAAAUCUGAUGUGAUAAAGUUUCUGCAGGACGA